UAAAAAUGCAGCCGCAGAUCUUGAUUAUCUUAUUUAUAAAUUCACUGAAGAACACACAUUCAAUUUUAGAGUCAUCGCGUUAAGUUUAAAAUUUUUUUCCAACUGCUUACGAUGCGUGUAAAGCUUUUAUCGGUUAUAUUAGUCCUUACACUGGGCUUAGUACAAGGCUAUGAAACAUGUUUAGAAACGACGACUCCUAAGAACGAAAUACAACAACCGAAAUCCACACCGUUCUCCUUCUUUCGUAUAUUUCUGGGACGCAUCUUCUCUUCGCAAUAUGAUAGCAUAACAUACAGUAAUGGUUCAACAAUGAGAUCAACACGGGUGCAAACUAUGGAGGUACUGUCACCGCCACAAGUUAUAAUGAUUGCAAACGGCAAUGUAAGACGAGAGAAUUCGGAUUCAGGAGUUGGUGAUGCAGCUGCUGAAAAUCCAGGUGCUGAUAGCUUUGUUCCUUACAAAAGUAAGAAUCCGAAAAAGUAUUCGCUCCUUAAGAAAGACCGAAAGAAAGAGAUGUCUGUGAAAGAAGCUAAACUUCUAAAGGAAAGUAAAGUGUAAUACAGAGUAUAUGAAUAUUUGAUUUUAUUAUUAUACAUUUUUAAAAGAAUUUUUCGAUAUGCCUAUACAUAUAAGAACAUAUUUGGUUUCUUCUAAUAGUAAUUUCUAUUUUUUUUCUCAUUCACUAAUAAAUAUACAUAUAUGUUUCGCAUUCAAAAUAUACCGUGUUUCCUAAAAUUC